UUUGUAGCCCUAUGGCUGAGAGGAUGGAGAGGCUGUUCCAUUCAGACUGUCAGAUGUUGUAUUUUUGCUGAUAUAGGUUCAUAAGCUGUUUUGUCAGACACUUCACAACUUCUAGGAGUGGGACAGCAGUUGUACAGGUGACAAAUAAGUGGCCAGAGGUGUUUCCUUUUUUCCUCCUUUCUGUGCAUGAGACUCAGGGCUCUGGUUCUCAGGGUAGAAGAUCCAGAAUUGGUGCUUGUGCUCCUGAGAUUGGCUCAGAGUCUGUGUGGAACUGGCCCACAGUUCUGAGCUGGUCCUGACCCGUGGAGGGGGAAACUGAUGGCACAGGGACAUUGCUGGAGCACUGAGUGUGAUCUGAAAGGUGAUUAACGUGUGUAGGCAGCUAAAUGCAGGCAUGGCUCUGGUGUCCCUUUGCACAGAGCUGGGCUGUGUGGGGGAGAGCAGAAUAGCCCUGAUUUAUAGUGCUGGGGGGCUCUCUCAGCCCUGCCACAGCUGGGACAUGGCUCUAACUUCACUCACUUGGGGGCUGGCACUGGAACCUUUGCAGAGGCUGGGCGAGGCCCCAAGGUGCAGAUGUGGGUGCUGCACUACCCAACAUCUCUGGUUUGUCUGUGCUGGCAGAGGCAGCACUGAGACCAUCGGUGUGGAUGUGAUUUAGUUGAGUUAUCCCAAGAAACGAGCAGAUGGCAGGAGUUUAGCCUGCUCCAGGUUGCUUGUGAGCCUGAUGAGAGAGAAAUGCAUGUUUUGCAUACAGCUGAACAGUCCAUUUUCUUGCAUCCUAGCACUCUGUGUUCUGCUCUCUGUCUUGUUUUGUUUUUUGAUUUUCUUCAUGUUCAGUUGCACUUUUGCUCUUCUGCAAGGCUUGGAGAAAGUCCUAAGCAAAUGUUUGUGCUUAAUGCUGUGGUUCUGUGUGUGUUGGGGAAGCCAGUCAGAGUGUGCACCUCAUAAGACACAGGUAUUUUGGGUGUAAAAGAGCUUUUUGUCACCUUGUACUUGGGUUUCAGGAGCCUUCAAGUGAUGUGGUUAUACAGGGCUCUGAAGAAAUACUGUAACUUAGUCCAGAGAGGUUGCUUUGGGAGUAAGGAAAUGUUUGGGGCAGAUGAGGGACCCCAAGGAUAAGGAUACCAAAAAAAGAUAAAUCAUAUUAGGUACUAGAAGCAAUAAAGGAAAGGGCUGAAGUCAGUUUUAUGGUCCAGAGGAGUGCUCUGGGAUAUAGUGGGAGGCAGAGGAUGUGGUUGGAUGGGGCUUCUCCAAACUCUUUGCUCCUGUUUUGAGUUUACCCCUGCAGCGAGACACCAACGGCCCCAGUUUGCAGCUUCACUCCUCUCCCGGGCUUAGAACAAAAGCCCUUCAGAAACUGUAAGAGUUUGGUUCAAAAUAUGGAGACUUGUUAAAUGAGCUCAGGUUAAUUCAUUAAUUUGCCUACUCAUUUCAACCGAAUUGGGUGUCGGAAGUUUCAGAUACAGUUUUUCACCGCUGUUACUGUAACCACUGAGAUGGCUGUGGGGAGUGAGGGAUCCUAGAAGGCUGGGUGGCAGGGAGCUGACUUCUGGAACCUUUGUGAGCUCUUGGAGCACACAGGAUCACAGUCAGUGAGAGAGCAGUCACUGCAGCUCCCUGACCAGGGCUGGGCACUGCUGGCUGGCAGCACACAGAGCUUUCACUGCUCUGCUGGUGGUGUUGGCAAUGCCAGGACCUGUCUUUGCCCUGUGCUUGGAGCAGGGCAGAGCAAGCCCCACGUGCUGUGGGGACUGAGCCCUCCCGCCACGUGUGCCAGCCCUGCCCCUCGGGCUCGGGGCUCAGUGACAGGACAGAUCAGGACAGGCUCCUCUGGGGGUUCAGCAAGGGCAGCACAGACUAUUUUUGGUGCCAGUGUUGGGUUUCCUCCCCAGCAUUUGCAUCUCUUUAAUUACACUGCUGUUUGGUCACCUGGGACUUAUCCUAGUUAUUAUGUUGGGGGUUCACUGGCUUCUGUGAAUGCUCAGAAAAGUGAGCACUAAAAUGCUGCUGUUUGGUUUAUCCCUGUUUUCAUUUCUCUCUCCUGUAAGGGCUGGGGAAAUUUCCUGCAUUACCUUUCAGUCAUAACUUGUUUUGAACUCAGAUGGUCACUUGCCUGUUCAGAAGCUCUUUUCAUCCCGGUGCCAGCAGUUCCAUUGCAGAGCACUACAUAAACCCAGAACAUCACUGUUCCUGUUUCCUGAGCACAGAACAAAGUUAUCUUUUUACAAGAUUACGUUGUUGAACAUAUCAAAGGAUACGUGUUCCUCCUGACUGUCAGUGUCAGGUGCUGAGGUGAUGGGUGAAGGCUGGACUUGAAGGAAUCUCAGGAGGUUGGCUGGGCAGGGGAAGGGCUGAGGAGAAAGGUUCAGCAUGGCCAUCUGUUCCAGGCUCUGUGUUGCAGUAACCAAGGAUGCCCACAACUGCAUUCCCGAGCUGGACAGUGAAACAGCCAUGUUCUCUGUCUACGAUGGACACGGAGGAGAAGAAGUUGCCCUGUACUGUGCCAAGUACCUCCCUGAGAUCAUCAAAGACCAGAAGGCCUACAAGGAAGGGAAAUUGCAAAAGGCCCUGGAAGAUGCAUUCUUGGCCAUUGAUGCCAAGCUCACCACAGAGGAGGUGAUUAAGGAGCUCUCCCAAAUGGCUGGGCGGCCACAGGACGAUGAGGAUGAGAAGGAGAAAGUUGCUGAUGAAGAUGAUGUGGAUAAUGAGGAAGCUGCUCUUCUGCACGAAGAAGCCACAAUGACCAUCGAGGAGCUCCUCACACGUUAUGGACAAAACUGCACCAAGAACCUCAAAGCCAAGUCUGUAGCUGCAGCUGGGGAUAACGCUGUGGAGGGGACAGGCAAGCAGCAUGAUGGGGAGUCAAAUAUGAAUGGAGAGGCUGACCCAGGGGAGCUUCCUGACCACAAGGAGAGGAAGAACGGGAAGCCAGACGAAGAAAUCACGGGUAUUUCCUCCACCUCAGACAAAGCCAGCGCUGGAGGCAACAGCCCUGCUCUGCAGAAGCCUGAACUAGGCAAAGGUGACGAGGCCGUCACCUCUUCUACUGGGGAGGCCGGGCCCUCCUGCUCCUCUACAGGAAAGCCCCAGCGCACAACCAAAUCCAAAUUUUUUGAGGACAGUGAGGAUGAGUCAGAUGAGGUUGAGGAAGAGGAGGAAGACAGUGAGGAAUGUAGUGAGGAUGAGGAUGGUUACAGCAGUGAAGAGGCAGAGAAUGAAGAUGAUGAAGAUGACACUGAAGAAGCAGAGGAGGAUGAGGAUGAAGAGGAGGAAAUGUUGUUACCGGGCAUGGAGGGGAAAGAGGAGCCUGGCUCAGACAGCGGCACUACGGCUGUCGUGGCGCUCAUCCGGGGCAAGCAGCUGAUUGUGGCCAACGCCGGGGACUCGCGCUGCGUCGUGUCGGAGGGAGGCAAGGCCGUCGACAUGUCCUACGACCACAAGCCAGAGGAUGAGGUGGAGCUGGCCAGGAUAAAGAACGCUGGUGGCAAGGUCACCAUGGAUGGAAGGGUGAACGGCGGCCUCAACCUCUCCAGGGCCAUUGGGGAUCACUUCUACAAGCGGAACAAGAACCUCCCUCCAGAAGAGCAGAUGAUCUCUGCCUUGCCUGACAUCAAAGUGCUGACAAUAAAUGAUGAGCACGACUUCAUGGUCAUUGCCUGUGAUGGAAUCUGGAAUGUGAUGAGCAGCCAGGAAGUGGUGGAUUUCAUCCAGUCAAAGAUCACCCAGAAGGAUGAGAAUGGAGUCCUGCGGCCACUCUCCUCCAUUGUAGAAGAGCUGCUGGAUCAGUGCUUGGCUCCAGACACCUCAGGGGAUGGCACGGGCUGCGAUAACAUGACCUGCAUCAUUAUCAGCUUCAAACCCCGUAACACACACCCACCUGCUGAGAGUGGGAAGCGGAAACUGGGGGAGGCGGCAGCACCAGCAGAGGAGAACGGUGGGGACAGCACCAAGAAGGCCAAACUUGAGUAGCAGGGCCCACCUGGGGACUGGGCUGUGCUCACCAGACUCUCGUUUCUUACCCAUGCUGAACUCAAGACUCAAGUCUUGUCCUUUUUUUAGCCUUA